AGGUGUCAUCUCCUUCUGCAGCCAUGUACAAGUUGGAUCUCCCCAUAGACCUGAAGGAAGUCGCUGCCAUCGAAAGGCGAAGAAACAGAGAGCAGCAAAGACAGAGCCGAAUAUUCAACGCCAAAGUUCGGACAAUGGGGGUUGAUGUGGCCGCACUGGAGAAGCAGGUGGAGGAAAGGAAGACAAUGGAGAAGACGGAGAAGUUGCGGGAGGAGGCAUUUGAUGCAGACAGAGAACAAUACGAUAAAAUCGCUCUGAUGCUGGAGCAGAGAGAGCGUCAGCUGUCUCAAGGCCUGGACCAAGCUGUGCAGAAUUACAGGGCACAAAAUCAGAAGUCCGAGACCCGCAGAGAGUUUGACCUUUAUGAUCCAGACGCACUGAAAAAGGACAGGCCUGCCAGAGUCAGCGACGACGACCCCAGAUGUGGACCUGCCAGCUUGCAGAAGUUUGCCGGUGAAGACCUGAAUGAGGAGAAGCGGAGAGAGCUGCAGACUGAUAUGACCAAAAAAUGGCUGACGGGGCAGAUAGAGGAGAGGAAGAGGAGUGAAGCACAGCAAAAGUAUGCAGAUACUUUAUAUGACCUCAAGAGAGUGGAGCAGGACGAGAGAGCGCAACACCUCAGCAUGAUGGAAGAAGAGUGCCGGAAGGCAGUGGACAUGGCCACCACUAGUUUGAAUCAGGCCUUGGCCAUGGAGGCGUCCGAGCGCUGGAGACUGCAGAAGCAGCAGGAAGAAGAUAAUAAUUUUGCAGAGAUUUACAACCACCUGACAGGAGACAUACUGACGGAGAAUCCCGCGGCGGCAGUCAGCAUCUUUGGGCCGCAUCGUGUGGUGCCGGAUCGUUGGAAGGGUAUGAGCCCUGAGCAGCUCAAAGCCAUCUUAGAUACUCAGAAGCGGCAAUGCCAAGAGAAGCAGAGGCUGAAGGAGGAGGAGAAGCAGCAGAACAUGGAGUGGGACAGGCAGAGGACGCUGGCUGCGCGCGCCGCAAUGAAUUUAGAACAAGAAGAGCAGGAAAUCGGCAAAGAGAUGAGGAAGAGGCUGGAUGGGUAUAACCAGCAGCUCAGCAGAGAGCAGCGGGCGCACCUGGAGUACCUGGAUAGAGUGGUCUACACCAACAACCCAACCGCUCAUUACCACAGUCAGUUCAACACCACCAGCCGCUGAAUGACUCCUGACCUCAGUGGUCAGACCACCAGGGAGCAUGGUCAGACCUGUACAUCCAAGAUCCUGACUCUGGCAGACCACGGUCAUAUCAAUAAAGAUG